AUGUCUCGUCAAUUCUUCGUCGGUGGAAACUUCAAAAUGAACGGUACCAAGGAGUCCGUUAAGAAAAUCGUGGACGGCUUGAACGCUGCCGACUUGCCUAGCAACGUCCAGGUUGUCAUUGCCCCACCUGCUACCUACAUCGCUGUUGCCGUUGCUGAGAACAAGCAGAAGACCGUUGCCGUCUCCGGCCAGAACGUCUUCAACAAGUCUUCUGGUGCUUACACCGGUGAGAUCUCCCCAGAUCAGUUGAAGGACUUGGGUGCCACCUGGACUUUGACCGGUCACUCUGAGAGAAGAACCAUCAUCAAGGAGAGCGAUGAAUUCAUUGCUGAGAAGACCAAGUUUGCCUUGGAGCAGGGUCUUUCCGUCAUCUUGUGCAUUGGUGAGACUUUGGAGGAGAGAAAGGCUGGCGUCACCUUGGAAGUUUGUGCCAGACAAUUGGACGCUGUCUCCAAGAUCGUGUCUGACUGGACUAACAUUGUCGUGGCCUACGAGCCUGUCUGGGCAAUUGGUACCGGUUUGGCUGCCACCCCAGACGAUGCUCAGCAGACCCACAAGGACAUCAGAGCACACUUGGCUAAGACCAUUGGUGAGGAUGCCGCUAAGAAGAUCAGAAUCUUGUACGGUGGUUCCGUCAACGGUAAGAACGCUCCUGAGUUCAGAGACAAGGCCGAUGUUGACGGUUUCUUGGUUGGCGGUGCCUCCUUGAAGCCUGAGUUCGUUGACAUCAUCAAGUCCAGAAUGUAA